AUGCUAGUCGGACGAGGAUUUCCUGAGAAGUCCAAAGAAGUGCAACGGGAGUUCGCCCUCGAGCAGUUCCAGGAGGGACUGCUGAAUCCUGUUACAAAGCGGGAGCUCCAAGGGCGAGCUCCACUCACUCUUGGGGAAGCUGUUCGUAGGGUGGAGGCGUUCGACUUUCAAGAACCGAUGAAAAGAGAGGGGCGUGAACGACUGGAAGAGCCUCAGCGAGCAAGUAGUUCGCGGUUCCCAGUACGAGUCCCCUGGCGUCCCAAACCCCAAAGCUAUGCUGGAGCCGUCAACAGAUGGCAAAAGACAGGAGCAAAGUGA